GCUGAGAACUCGAUGAUUUCCUGCCCUCGCCCGGCGCUCACCACAGCUUCCUGCCGCAGGCGGGUGGGAGGGCGGGCACAGGGAGAGGCGGGCGCCGAGGAGGGGCAGGUAGGGCUGGGACGCAGGGGUGGCUGGAUCCCCCGACUUCAGCGCAGGCCCUGGUCUGACCACCCUGGGAGCAGGGACUUUCCACAGCCAGCUGGACGCCCACUCAACCCAGUAAAAGAGGGGACCCAUCCUGGGAGCCCCGGGGAGGGCACAGCCGCCUCCUCCUGGGCUCCCCCAUCACCUGGUGCCUACCUUCCCCCUGCCCCCUGCUGGGCCUGGUCCUCACCCGGUCCUCACCCCAUCUUUGUCUGGCCUUGGCUUUGCCCUUGAGGGGCCUGGGGGUGCAGCCGGCCUGCUCCGAGCUCCCCUGCAGAUGGAGGAGGCCAUCCUUGUCCCCUGCGUGCUGGGGCUCCUGCUGCUGCCCAUCCUGGCCGUGUUGAUGGCACUGUGUGUGCACUGCCACAGAUUGCCAGGCUCCUAUGACAGCGCAUCCUCAGAUAGUUUGUAUCCAAGGGGCAUCCAGAUCAAACGGCCUCACACAGUCGCCCCCUGGCCACCUGCCUACCCGCCUGUCACCUCCUACCCACCCCUGAACCAGCCAGACCUGCUCCCCAUCCCAAGAUCCCCGCAGCCCCUUGGGGGCUCCCACCGGACGCCAUCUUCCAGGCGGGAUUCCGAUGGUGCCAACAGUGUGGCGAGCUACGAGAACGAGGAACCAGCCUGUGAGGAUGCGGAUGAGGAUGAGGAUGAGGACGACUAUCACAAUCCGGGCUACCUGGUGGUGCUUCCCGACAGCACUCCGGCCGCUAGCACUGCCGCCCCAUCAGCUCCUGCACUCAGCACCCCUGGCCUCCGAGACAGUGCCUUCUCCAUGGAGUCCAUCGAUGAUUACGUGAACGUUCCGGAGAGCGGGGAGAGCGCAGAAGCGUCUCUAGAUGGCAGCCGGGAGUAUGUGAAUGUGUCCCAGGAGCUGCAUCCCGGAGCGGCUAAGACUGAGCCUGCCGCCCUGAGUUCCCAGAAGGCGGAGGAAGUGGAGGAAGAGGGGGCUCCAGAUUACGAGAAUCUGCAGGAGCUGAACUGAGGGCCUGGUGGAGGCCGAGUCUGUCCUGGAACCAAGCUUGUCUGGGACGGCUGGAGCUGGACAGCUGGAAGUGGCUCUGGGGUCCUCACAUGGCGUCCUGCCCUUGCUCCAGCCUGACAACAGCCUGAGAAAUCCCCCCGUAACUUAUUACCACUUUGCAGUUCGGCCUGUGUCCCCCGAACACUCUGCACCUUCUGACGCAGCCUGACAACAAUGACCUGCCCUGGCCCCAGCUCUGCUCUGUGUAAUAGAAUAAAGGCCUGCGUGUGUCUGUGUUGAGCGUGCAUCUGUGUGUGCCCGUGUGUGAGUCUGAAUCAGAGAUUUGGAGAUGUCUGUGUGUGUGUGUCUGUGUCUGUGUGUGUGUGUCUGUGGGUCUCCAUCCUUCAUGGGGGCUCAGCCAGGUGCUGUGAGUGACAGCAGACAGUGGCUGGGACACCCCCCUUCUGAAUGAGGCCUUCUGACUUGGGCUGGCACUGCUGAGGCUCAGGACACAUCGCCCCAUGAGACAGUCCCAGGACACAGCAGCUGCUGGCUGUGACAAUGGUUUUGCCAUCCGUAGGCCAAGGGAUGGGACCUGAUGACCUGGGAGGACUCUCUUAGUUCUUACCUUUUGUGGUUCUCAAUAAAACAGAACUUAAAAAAUC